GGUUAAUGGUAGUUCAAGGAGUGUCCUUCUCAAAAAUAUUCGAGUACCUUGAAAAGGAAAUAACCCCAGAGACACUUAUUCUCUAUGAAAAUGGACCGAACUCCAACAUGUGCUGGAACCACACAUACUUACCAAAUAAUCUUCCAAAAUUAAUCUUCAACGGAAAUCAAAGUGUGUAUCUUAAAAAUGAAUUAAAUUCAAAGGUUUUGGUGUUGGUUUGUUUAAAAAAUAAUAAUGCGGACAUAAUGAAGACAAUUUACUCGAAUCUGGAUGAUAUGAGAGAUACUUUUAUGAUUCUAUUUGCUUCUUCUGAAAAGCAAAUAAGUGAUUUGUUCUUGGAGUGUCUUGGUCAAAAAAUGCUCAAUGUUUUGGCUUUCAAAAGAUCAUAUCUAAGAACUAUCUACAGCUAUAAAGCAUUCCCUGAAUUUAAGAUCCGAACGAGAAAUAUGUCAGAAGUUCAACGAAUAUUUGAACCGCAAUUAAAGGAUCUUGGAGGUUAUGUUUUAAAAGGCCUACCGGACAACAUAUUUCCCCGCACUAUGGUCUAUAGAGACAAAAAUGGAAACCGGCAAAUGGCAGGGUAUCUUGGCCAUCUGAUAAGGACAUAUACCGAAACCAUCAACGCCUCACUGCAAAUCGAAUGGAAUCUAGUUCCAGAGAAGGGAAUGACACAUUUGUCGGACGGAUCACAAACCCUUGACAUAGACUUCGCAAUCGGAGUUGAUGGACUCUAUCAUAGUUCACCCAAACAAACUAUUCCGAUACAGAUCACCAGCUGGUUUCUCAUAAUCCCAAUGGAAAAACAAAUGCCAAAAAGUGGAUUUUUCUUAAAUCUGGGAUUUCAGGCGAUGAUUCCACUGGCUAUUAUAUUGGGUUUUCUGCUUAAUAAUGCCAAACGCCUGGAAAUGGGUUUAGGACCCAGCCUAAGAGCUUCGUGGAUGUUUAACAAAGUGUUGAGAGGUAUUUUGGCCCAAUCAUUCAUCCUACCCAGAUACCUAUCCCUUAAAAUGAUGACUAUUUACUGGCUAAUCCUAAUCAGUGGCUUCUUCAUGAGCAACUACUACACUGCGAAUCUGGCGACCAUGUUAAUGAAUCCCCCAGAGGGGAAACAAAUCCUCAGCUGGGAGCAAUUGCGCCAAACCAACUUGAAGAUACUCAUCGCCCAAUCUGAAUUUAAUUUUUUGAACGAAAUCCUAGCCAAAGACUUUUUAGACAAUUUUGUUGAUUUGUUCGAAGUAACCGACUCUGAGGAUUACCAAAGGAAGCGUAUCGCGUUAAACCAAUCCUAUGCCUAUCCAGCAACUGACACUCUGUGGCCAGUUCUGGUGGAAUCUCUGAAACGAUUGGAGACGCCCAUAUUCCGGAAAUCCGAGGAGCUGGUCUUUACGCCUUAUAUUCUUAUGUCCAUGCCAUUGCCCAAGAACUCGAUAUUUAAGAAAUCUCUGUUUCAAUUUGUAAGAAGAUCUCUUGAUUCAGGAAUAUUAAAAAGGUGGUUCACCGGCAGCUUCGAAGAGGCAAAAAAACUUGGAAUACUGAGCUACGCGAAGGAUGAUUGGGAUCUGUAUCGAGGCAUUAAGUUUCAGGAUUUUUAUUGGGUAUGGAUUGGCUAUCUAGGAGGAAUCUCAAUCGGUUCGGUGUCAUUUAUUUUUGAGCUUAUAUUGUAUAGAAAGCGAACAGUAUAG